GAUUAUAAAUGGACAUGUGUAGUCCUGAGAUUUACUAAAAGUAAUUGUCUUUACACUUAGAUACUACAAUUAUUAUUAUAUCUGAUGCAUGAAACAGAACCAUCAUAGGGCAAUAGACAUAACUUCAUCUAAAGUCCUGAUGGGCUCAGCAGGGGGGCAGCUUUCCCCGCACCAUAUGUCCCAGCACGUGUCCUCGGGUGAGCACAUUCACACCCGGCCAUGUGGAGGGAGGGGAUUGCUGCAGACAGGCGUCAGGAUAUAAUGUCAGGAGCAGCGAGCAGGGCACAGUGAUCGGAGGAAGCCAUGGACUCGCAGCAGACAGCAGAGCAGAGAGUGUCAGUGGCAGCCAGCACCCAGCAGAUCGCAGAGUGUAGGACAAUGUGGAGACCAUGGAAGGAACUACCAGGGACCACACUGCAGCAGCCAUCAAGUUUAAUUCAGGGCCCCGUAAAUGACAAAAUUAAACUACCGGCCUUUCAGCACCCUGUAAAGCUUUUUUGGCCCAAGUCAAAAUGCUAUGACUUUUUGUACCAAGAGGCUGAAGAAUUGCUCAAGAACUUUCCAGUUCAGGCCACUAUUUCUUUUUAUCAGGAAUCAGACAGCAGUUCUUCUGAGGAUGAAGAAGCUUAUGAGAAUUAAGUCCCGUCACCAUGUCCUACUCCAAUCUAGAGAUAUACCUCUAAUGGACCAUAAUGCUGUUGUUCUGGUCUGUGGCUGGACAGACUGUACAUGGUCAUAUGACAUGGAGGACAUUCUAAGGAGGACUGCACAGCUAGAACAUCUGCAUAUUUCUAUUUUCGAUGGCUAAGCCCAUAAGAGAUCAUCUACUGCAACAUUUAGAUGACUGUAGCCAUACAGUGUCAUCACUUUCAUCAUCAUACUCUGCCAUAAAGUGGUCUGUUUUAUUGACCAAAAGACCUUCUGAUAUGGAAUAUUACCUUGUAAAACUAUUUUAUGACAUAAAUAUUUCUAAACCACUGUGUCACUGACAAUACUUGAAAUAGAUUCUGCUGCUUGAAUCAGUGUUUCUUAUUUACAAGCCUUUCUUAUUCCAUGCUGAUAUACUGAUAUAUAAGAAGUGAACAGAAUAUGAUGUACAUUUUAUUUUUCUAUGCUUCUUGUGAGAGAUGCACAGGCCAAUACUAAACAUAUGCAUUUGUUUCCAAUUUCAAUGUCAUGUCCUGUGACACUUUCUAGAACUUUAUUUAAGAGAAUUUGACAUCCCUUUCUAGUCACAUGACUUUCACUUUUCAUCAUAGAUGCAGGAAAUCAGAACUCUCUCAAUACAACAAUGCAUGUGUAAUCUUAUCGCCACCACGAUCAAAGAGACAUUUAGGGGAUACAGAUACACCCUUAAAGGAGAACUCUGGGAUGUAACAACUUAUCCCCUAUCCUAAGGAUAGGGGAUAAGUGUCAGAUUGCAGAGGGCCCGACUGCUGGGACCACCACGGUAUCUACCGCACGGUAUCUACCGGCUCUCCGCAUGAAAGGAGCCGUUUCAACCACAGCAUGAAGCUGCAGUCAACACUCCCCCUCCAUGCAACUCUAUGGGAGAGCCGGAGCGCUGCUCUCAGCUAUCUCCGGCUCUGCUUUAAGCUGCUAAAUAAUAGGGCAUCACAUAUAUGGCCUAAAAUUAAGAGUGCCUGUUGAAAGAUGCUCUUGAUUUAAGACCUGACCUCUGAGGUCUUCAUCUACAUCUAUGCAGUCCAACUUUUAUAAGAAAUUUUGUGCAUCUAUUCCAUCCCUAGCACUUUCUGCCUUGAAUAUAAAUGUAUGUACUAAUUUAUUUGAUUUGUAUUGUACUGUAAUUUGUAAGAUGUUAUUUAUAAUAAAAUGUUAAAU